GGCAUUGAUACUCACGGUCUUGACUUAUCCAGACACAACCUGUACCACCUUGCAUGAACAAUGUUCCAAUGACAAAAGCUCAAAGGACUCCAACAGUUUGUGGAUUGUGUCACGAGUCGGGCGCUGACCCUGACUCAGAAACACUGACAGGAGGAAUUCUCGUUCGCGUGGACUGAAGGCCCGUAGCGGUGGGAUGGUGCCAGUGCGUGGUCAAGACCAUGUCACAGUGACAUGACGCGUCAGUCUAAUAGUAGAGCAUCACUCGCCGCAGCCGGCGAGCUCGGCGGGCGGGGUGAUUUCCUGGGGACCGACUGCGCAUUGCCACAUGCGCGAUCACUAAAAGUUCCACGCCGCGGCGCGCAGCUCGAUAGCAGCCUGCACCUGUGACUGCCGUCGCUUCCUUCUGCCCAGUGCUCCCUACCACCACCACCACCACCACCAUGGAGAAGGGAACCUACAUCCAGCCCCCGUUCAUUCUACCCCUCCAGAGCACGGCGGCGCCGAAGUCCGCGCGCCCGGCGCGUGGGAGGACCCUGCGGCUCGGGCUCGUCGCGCUUGCAGCGCUCUCCGCUACCUGGACGUACCUUUCGCUAUCGGACUCCCCGUCCCAUGACAGGGCCGUCGCUGUGCCCAUGAACGCGCAGAGCGUGCUCGCGCACUGCGCGGCUCUCAAGCUGACGCCGGGGCCGCCCGACGACUUCCGCUCGCGUACUGUGUCGGACCGGUUCCAGGAGGGGACGAAGGCGACGCUGAUCAGGAACGCGACGAUCUGGACGGGUGCCCACGACGGACACGAGAUCGUCCACGGGGACAUCUUGCUCGAUAGCGGUCUUAUCAAGCAGGUCGGGGCGGUCGAUCUCAGCGCGUACAAGGACGUGUCGGUGCUCGACGUCGCUGGUGCUUGGGUUACGCCAGGCAUCGUCGACCUCCACAACCAUCUCGGCGUGUUCAGCGCGCCCUCGCUGCUGGGCACGUCCGACACCAACUCGUUCAAGGGCCCCGUGCUUCCCUGGCUGCGCUCGCUGGACGGCCUGAACACGCACGACGACGCGUACCGCCUCUCCAUCGCGGGCGGCGUGACCUCCGCGGACGUGCUCCCGGGCAGUGCCAACGCGAUCGGGGGCCAAGCGUUUGUGAUCAAGCUGCGCCCUACGGCGGAGCGCUCCGCGUCGGCGAUGCUGCUCGAGCCCCCGUUCACGCUCAACGGGACGUUCGUCGACCCCACGCAGCGUCCGCGCUGGCGCCAGAUGAAGCACGCGUGCGGGGAGAACCCGGCCCGUGUCUACGAUGGGACCCGCAUGGACACCCAGUGGGCCUUCCGCCAGGCGUACGAGACCGCGCGUCUCAUCAAGGAGAGGCAAGACGCGUUUUGCGCCAAGGCCGAAGCAGGUCGAUGGGCCGGACUGGGGGACUUCCCGGAGAGCCUUCAAUGGGAGGCGCUGGUCGACGUGCUGCGUGGUCUCGUCAAGAUCCAGAACCACUGCUACGAGGCGGUUGACUUGGAUGGCAUGGUUCGCCUCACGAACGAGUUCAAAUUCUCGAUCGCCACCUUCCAUCACGCCCGCAAACGAAGCGUACCUGUUCCCGACCUGAUCAAAAAGGCGUACGGCAAGCCACCCGCGAUUGCCAUCUUCGCCGGCUUCGACAAGUUCAAGCGCGAGGCCUACCGGGGCUCGGUUUUCGCACCCCGCAUUCUCGCGGAUAAUGGAGUGGAUGUGGUCAUGAAGAGCGACCAUCCUGUGCUCGAUUCGCGCCAUCUCAUCUACGAGGCUCAGCAAGCCCACUACUACGGGCUUCCUGCCCAUUUGGCGCUCGCGUCUGUGACCACUACUCCGACCAAGGCAAUGGGUAUGGAACACCGGAUCGGCAGUCUCAUUGCUGGCUUUGACGCCGAUGUCGUGGUAUGGGACAGCCACCCGCUGACUCUGGGAGCAACGCCCUCCCAGGUGUUCAUCGACGGCAUCGCUCAGCUCGAGAAGCCGCACGUCCUGGUCAAACCCAAGUCGUUCCAGCAGGUCCCCGUCACGCCUGACUUCGAGAAGGAGACUAAGGCCGCGAUCGACAUCUUCUCGAAGGACCAGUCGACGCGCCGGAUCACGCAGAUCUUCGGUGCGGCCGGUGCUGCUGAGCAGACGCUUGUCGUGGUCGAGAAGGGACAGAUCGUGUGCACUGGGAACUGUGCCGUGGCGCAAGAUGCGGAGUAUAUCGCCCUGGAGGGAGGCAGCAUCACUCCCGGCUUCAUCACGUAUGGCAGCGGUCUCGGGCUGGCGCAUAUCGCCGGGGAAUACUCGACAGUGGAUGGCAACGUCUUGGACCCGCUGGAAGACCCCAUCCCUGAUCUCGUCUCGAUACUGUCAUCAAGGCUGUGGACGGUCUCCUGCGCCAUCACCGACCCAACCGGCGGGUUCCUGACUGGCCUGGGCACGUACUUCAGCACCGGAGCCGCCCACAAGCUCGCCGAUGGGGCCAUCAUCCAGAGGGUCACUGGUCUGCAUGUCAGAUUUUCCAUGUGGGCCGAUGCCAGCGUCAGCACGCAGGUUGCGGCUCUGCGCCGUCUGCUGCUCGGAAAGGGAUCUGGCGAUAUCGGGGAGCAGUUCAGUCAGGUCACAGACGGGAAGAUCCCGCUCGUCGUACACGCCGAGAGCGCCGAUAUCAUUGCCACUUUGCUCGUCUUGAAGAAAGAGGUGGAGAGCAGCACCGGGAAGGCGUUCAAGCUGACCAUCACCGGCGCCACCGAAGCGCACCUGCUCGCGAAAGAGCUCGGCGCGGCGGGGGUGGGUGUCAUCGUCAACCCGCGGCCGUUCCCCAACGAAUGGGAGCAGCGCCGCAUCCUGCCCGGGCCCCCGCUGACGCAUCAGAGCGCGAUCGCCGCGCUGGUGUCGCACAACGUGACCGUGGGGAUGCUGACCACGCAGCAGUCCCUCGCGCGUGCGAUCCCGCUCGAUCUCGCGUGGGCCGGCAUCGAGGCGGACGGGCUGCUCUCCAAGGCCGAGGUGCUCGCGCUCGGCUCGUCGAACCUCGAGACGCUGCUCGGUGUCACGGAGACCAACACGGACCUCGUCGCGCGGAGAGGAGGGGACGGCUUCGAGGGCAGGGUGGUUGCGAUUAUCUCCCCGCGGACGGGUUCAGUGGAUGUUGUGUGA